AGGCACUUGUGGAAAAGUUGACCACUGUGGGCAACUGGGUUCCAAGAGUGCUUUACUGUACUUGCAAGUGCUGUUUAAUGCCUUGCUCACUCAAACCUUUGGGGUGGUUUCUUAUCUUAGGUUUGGACUGCAGUUUAUGCCAAGAAAAUCAUCAGCUUCAACGUGGGAGUCUUUGCCUUGAUUUGAGCUGGGGCUAAGAUUUGAUUUUAGUAAUGGUGGUGGUGGAGUCUGCUCCAAUGAUUUUCCUCAGAUGUGCGUUCUUCGCUUGCUUUCUUUGUUCAUCUUGGGGUCUCAAAACUAUAGCUCAAUCUUGUGAUCCAAAUGAUUCUCUGGCCCUGAAGGAAUUUGCUGGAAACCUCACAAAUGGGUCCAUCAUAACAUCAUGGUCCAACAAGGCUGACUGCUGUCAAUGGGAUGGGGUUUUAUGUGGGAGCAAUAUCAAUGGCUCAAUUCACAGGAGAGUGACCAUGCUGAUUCUUUCCAGAAAGGGUCUUCAAGGGUUAAUUCCACGCUCUAUCGGCCAUUUAGACCAGCUGAAAUCACUUGAUCUCUCUUGCAAUCAUCUUCAAGGUGGAUUGCCUUUGGAGCUCUCAAGCUUGAAGCAGAUGGAGGUUCUUGAUUUGAGCCACAACUUGCUAUCAGGGCAAGUUUCAGGGGUGCUUUCUGGUUUAAUAUCCAUUCAGUCACUGAAUAUUUCUAGCAAUCUGUUCAGGGAAGACUUGUUUGAGCUUGGAGGAUAUCCAAAUCUUGUUGUAUUCAACAUAAGCAACAAUUCAUUCACUGGUCCAGUCACUUCUCAAAUUUGCAGCUCCUCUAAGGGGAUUCAGAUUCUUGAUUUAUCGAUGAACCAUCUUGUGGGCAAUCUCGCAGGCUUGUACAAUUGCAGCAAAUCCCUCCAGCAACUGCAUUUGGACUCCAACUCACUUUCAGGCUCUCUCCCAGACUUUAUAUACUCAACGUUAGCUUUGGAGCACUUCUCAAUCUCCAACAACAAUUUCUCUGGCCAGUUAAGCAAGGAAGUGAGUAAGCUCUCUAGCCUUAAAACCCUGGUUAUUUAUGGUAACCGGUUUUCAGGCCAUAUUCCAAAUGCAUUUGGCAACCUUACACAUCUAGAACAUUUUGUUGCACAUUCAAAUAUGUUGUCUGGACCAUUGCCUUCAACACUGUCAUUCUGCUCAAAACUUCACAUUCUUGACCUUAGAAACAAUUCUUUAACUGGUCCAGUCGAUCUUAAUUUCACCGGAAUGCCUAGUCUCUGUACGCUUGAUCUUGCCGCUAAUCACUUUUCUGGGCCGCUUCCAAAUUCUUUAUCUGAUUGCCGUGAAUUGGAAAUUUUGAGCCUGGCUAAGAAUGAAUUAACGGGCAAAAUCCCUGUGAGUUUUGCUAAGCUCUCAUCCCUUUCGUUUCUCUCAUUGUCGAACAAUAGUUUUGUGGACUUAUCUGGGGCACUAACCGUGCUACAGCAUUGCCAAAAUCUCUCUACUCUUAUCCUCACAAAGAACUUCGUUGGUGAGGAAAUUCCCAGGAAUGUAAGUGGUUUUCAGAAUUUAAUGGUCUUAGCAUUUGGAAAUUGUGCUCUCAAAGGCCAUAUCCCCGUUUGGCUGUUGAGUUGCAGGAAGUUAGAAGUUCUUGAUUUGUCGUGGAAUCAUUUGGAUGGAAAUAUUCCUUCAUGGAUUGGCCAGAUGGAGAAUUUGUUUUAUCUGGACCUCUCAAAUAACUCCCUCACUGGAGAGAUCCCGAAAAGUUUGACUGACCUAAAGAGCCUCAUCUCGGCAAACAGCAGUUCUCCCCAUCUUACUGCUUCUGCUGGCAUUCCUCUAUAUGUAAAGCGAAACCAGAGUGCUAGUGGUUUGCCAUACAAGCAGGCGUCAAGCUUCCCACCUUCAAUAUUGUUGAGCAACAAUAGAAUAAAUGGGACAAUUCCACCUGAAGUUGGAAGGUUGAAAGACCUCCAUGUCUUAGAUUUGAGCAGGAACAACAUAACUGGCACUAUACCCAACUCCUUUUCACAAAUGGAAAACUUGGAAAUUUUAGAUUUUUCUUCCAACAAUCUGCACGGGUCAAUCCCCCCAUCACUCGAGAAGCUGACAUUCUUGUCAAAGUUUAGUGUGGCUAAUAAUCACUUGAGGGGACAAAUUCCCACUGGAGGGCAGUUCUAUAGCUUUCCUUGCUCAAGCUUUGAGGGUAAUCCAGGACUAUAUGGGGUAAUAAUUUCUCCUUGUAAUGCCAUUAAUAAUACCUUGAAGCCGGGUAUUCCAUCUGGUUCACAGAGGAGGUUUGGUCGAAGCAACAUUCUCAGUAUAACAAUCACUAUAGGAGUUGGGCUUGCGCUGGUCCUUGCUAUUGUUUUGCAUAAGAUGUCAAGGAGGAACGUGGGGGAUCCCAUUGGUGAUUUGGAGGAGGAAGUCAGUCUGCCACACAGGUUAUCUGAAGCUCUCAGGUCCUCCAAGUUGGUGCUUUUUCAGAAUUCAGAUUGCAAAGACCUCACAGUUGCAGAUUUGUUGAAAUCAACAAACAACUUCAACCAAGCAAACAUCAUUGGUUGUGGUGGAUUCGGCCUAGUUUACAAAGCCAACUUUCCCAAUGAUACAAAAGCUGCAAUCAAGAGGCUUUCGGGAGAUUGUGGCCAGAUGGAACGUGAAUUUCAAGCUGAAGUGGAAGCUCUGUCGAGGGCUCAACACAAAAACCUUGUUUCUCUUCAAGGUUAUUGCAGGCAUGGUAAUUACAGGUUAUUGAUUUACUCAUACAUGGAAAAUGGAAGCUUGGAUUAUUGGCUGCAUGAAUCUGUUGAUGGGACCUCAGUACUUAAAUGGGAGGUGAGACUCAAGAUAGCUCAAGGAGCAGCUUGUGGGUUAGCAUAUCUGCACAAAGUUUGCGAACCACAUAUAGUUCACCGAGAUGUGAAAUCAAGCAACAUACUUCUAGAUGGAAAUUUUGAAGCUCAUUUGGCUGAUUUUGGUCUUUCAAGGCUACUUCGACCUUACGACACUCAUGUAACGACAGAUUUGGUUGGCACAUUAGGUUAUAUACCUCCUGAAUAUAGCCAAACAUUGAUGGCAACAUGCAGGGGUGAUGUUUACAGUUUUGGUGUUGUUCUUCUUGAGCUUCUCACUGGCAGAAGGCCUGUGGAAGUUUGCAAAGGAAAAAACUGCAGGGAUUUGGUUUCUUGGGUGUUUCAGAUGAAGUCCGAGAAAAGGGAGGCAGAGAUUAUAGACUCUGCAAUUUGGGACAAAGAUCAUCAGAAACAGCUGUUUGAAAUGCUUGAAAUUGCAUGUAGGUGCUUAGACCCGGAUCCAAGGCAGAGACCCCUUAUCGAAGAAGUUGUUUCGUGGCUUGUAUUGGAUUCUAAGGUGCUCAACAAUGAGCUAUAAUACUGUACUUUGUUACGGGGUCUUAGUUUCAUAAAAUCAGUCCUUAGUACUAUGAAAGAUGAGCUCUGUAUACAAAAUACAUAAGCUCUUUUGGCAAUUAUUCAGAUAGGAAUAUGCAUACUAUAAAAUGCCUUGAUUUUUGUAGUUAUCUUCUUGUUCCACUUGAAGUGGGAGCAUUAUACUACCAUGCGAAGAUCAAAGCCUUGACAUUGAUCUAUACAUUUCGAUGUAAAUGAAUUUAUUGGUUUCUUUUAGAAUUUGAAUAAUUGAUUUUCA